GAAAGAAACGACAGUCACAGUGCCAGUACCUAAGUGUAUUUUAACACAUCUUCGGGCCACAAACCUACCUAAAAUACACGAAAGUACUUGGCACUCUGUCGUUUCUUUUCGACAUUUUCCUGUGGCUUCAGCAAAUAGACAAAAUCGCGCGAAUAUUUCUCUGAUAUUUAGUGAACUGAAACAUGUUUAUGGUUAACGAACGUUACGUCAUCAGCUGCAGCUGGCAGCAUCUGACGCGGCAUGUCCAAAUUACUUUCUGCGCUUGAUCGUAUCCACUUGACUCCUCAGGGGUGAGGAAGGAUGUAUUUGUCUUCAGAUCAGGUAGCAGCUGUGUCAAGUGCUGUCUUGUAUGGCGUUCUUUCUUUGUCAAUGGCAUUUCUUAACAAGACGAUUAUCAGUUCUUAUGGAUUUGAUUAUCCAUUUUUUAUUUUAUUUUGUCAGAUGACAUUAACUAUGUGCGUUAUGGAAUUUAUGAAAAAGUCUCAGAAAUUCCAUUUGCCAGAUGUAACGAUAAGUACCAUGAAGAUGUUUUGUUUGCCAGCAUUCUUCUACUCCCUACAUGCUACGCUUUCUUUGUUGGCAUUAGAAGGCAUGAAUAUUCCCAUGUAUGCUGCCAUUAAGCGUUGCACUCCUCUGAUAAGCUUGAUUUUGUCUGUGACAUAUCUCAAAAAGCCAAUGCCAUCCUUAGUAUUGAUAUCAUCUAUACUAACUGUUACCAUUGGCUGCUUUAUUGCUGGUAUGAGUGACCCAUCAUUUAAUGGGUUUGCAUAUUUGAUGGGUGCUUUAAGUGUUAUAUCACAAGCAUCAUACCUCACGCUUGUUCAGGAGUGUGGUGAAAAUAAACUCAAACCUUUGGAUAUUCUGCAUCUGAACAGUUGUAUAUCUGUUGUUCCAUUUUUUAUUCUUGCUUGUGUUUUUGGGGAGAUGACAAAAGUUCAGGAAUAUCCACAUUUACAAGAUCUUGGAUUCCUCUGCUUAUUUGUAUUGUUGAUAGUGCUGGGACUCGCUUUGAAUUUUUCCCUGUUCUUGUGUACCAUAUUGAACUCUGCCGUCACUACGGCAGUUACUGGGGUGGUGAAGUCAGUGCUACAAACCUUAAUUGGUUUUUUCACGUUUGGUGGAGUCAUAUUUAACCCCAUUAAUAUUGCAGGGAUUUGUCUGAACACAGCUGGUGGAAUAAUGUAUACAUAUGCAAAGUAUGCUGAAAGCAGAGUGAAGGCAAGAGUCGAAAACCGGGCAUAGAAUAUACAUAGAUGUAGACCGAGGUUAGACUAGAACUGAGCAAAAAGGAUGCGAACCUCAAACAAUGUUAUGGCCACUUCGAUAUGUAUAAUCAGUUGUAAAAAGAAAACUUUUGCAAAAGUUUUUGUGUUUAAACAUUUGCAGUAACAUUCUAGUCAAGAUGAAUAUUUACUUAGAAUUUUGAAAACAAAAUUCUUUGAGCCUGUCUAUGUGCACCUGUACUUGUCUAUUUUUAAGCAGUUAAGCAUUUGUUGCUAAGAUAUAUGAAAUGAAUGGGUAAGUUGUUAUAAAAUGCCUUCAUAUGUAAAUAUUUAUUAGCUUAAAGUGCAGUACAGUGGACCCCCCGUAUUCGCGUUCUCCAGAUUCGUGGACUCACACAUUCGCGGAUUUCACUCGGGAACGUUUCCCUGCAUUAUUCGCGGAAAAUUUGCGCAUUCGCGGUAAUUUUAUAUGAUAAAUAUCCACAAAUUCUUGGUUUUUUUUAUGAAUUUUAUCAUAAAAUGCACUUUUUGUGAUAAAGCUAUUAAAAAAACCAUGUAGGAAAAUUUUUAGUGGGUUUUUCUUGAGUUUUAACUAACAAAAUAGGCUAUUUUUAGCAUUUUUAUAGGGGUUCCAAACAUUCGCGGGUUCUAACUAUUCACGGGGGGAUCUGGUACGCAUCCCCCGCGAAUACGGGGGGACCACUGUAUGUAUAUAUGGUUGUGAGUAUAUUUUUUAUAAAUAAAAGUAAUUCAUCGAACAGGAAGAUUUAAGGAAGCGUGUUAUUAGUUUAUACUGUGGAGAGGUUGUGUGCCUGUGUGUGUGUGUUUUAUUUAAAUUUUGUUUUUUUAUUAUGAAACAGUUACGUGAGUUACGUGAAAAAUACAAGCUAUUGUUAAAAGCUUUAUGUGAGGAUGUGUUUAGUAGAUGGUAAUAUGUUGAGUGGAACUUUGUGAUUGAGGUAAAGUAUGGGUAAGGAUAUAAUGUAAGUGUUUCCUCUUUGGUAUAGAAGUGGGUCCAAGAUCAGUUUGUGUUGGGCCUCCAUAGAUGGAGUGAUAUACAGUUUAAGAGGACAGAGAAAUACAGAUUCAGAUUUCAAGUGUAAGAAAUGGGGUCAUGAUGUUUACCUAAUCUUGAUGGGGAAUAAUGAAGGGAAAAGCAGAAAUUAGUGAAAUAGUUGGAAACUUCUUGAGAAGAGAAAGUUGAAAGAAGGAUUAAUUUUAUGAUGGUAAAUGGAAACCAGGAAAUGGGAGCAGUGCAUUUCGAUAAUGAAGAGUGUAAGAGCAGUUGAUUUGUACAGGUAUUUGGGAAUAAAUGUAAUUGAUGAUGGCAGGAUGAGCAGAGAGGUGAAUGAUAAAGUAGGUUAGAAUCAAGAAUGCAGCAGGGUGUAUGCAUAUUUGGAAGAGUAGAGUGUAUUGUAAAGGCAAAGUUCAAAUGUAUGAAAGGAAUGUAGAGCUAACUCUGUUGUGUGGAAGUAGUGUGCUUGUUGAAAGCAAAUAAUAAAAUGGUUGAAGCUGUUAAGAUUAUUUAUUUGUAUUGUAUCUUUGAAUUAAGAAAAUUGAAAGGUGAGAUAUGUGAGGAAGUGGUGAAAAAAUAUUUGUGGUAAAAGUAGGAAUAAGUAAAUAUGUUUUGAGGGGGUUUGGUCAUUUGUAGGGAAUUUCAAAGACAGUAGGUUGACAGAAAGUGUGCAUAAUUUGGCAGCUGGGGUCAGGGGAGGAGAAUGAGACAGUGAAAGUGCUAGAUAGAUGAAUGGGCUAGGUCUUGAUAGAAGUUUGAUAUGUUGAUAAGUUUGAUGUGUUGUUGAUAGGUGUAUAAAUUGGCUGGUGGUGCAGAAGAUUCAUCAUUGAUUCAGCAAGUAAAGUAUGAAUAUGACUGUGGCUGGUCUUGAUUUUUCUCUGUAACCUUGCCCUAUUAAGGGAUAUUGCUUUUCAUAUAAAAAUGUAUCUGUAUAUAGUAUGUGUGCACAUCUUUAUAAUUUAUUAUAUAUUUAUUGCAAUUCCUCACAUUGUGAAUAUUCAUGAAAUAUGGAUUGUAUGGUAUUUCAAAAUGUGUGCUGCUAUAAUGGUUUUAUUCAAGUUAAUUGUUUUAAGCUGUUUGUAAUAAAAUGACACAAGUGUUACUUAUGUUGACAUUGUAUGAUGAUUAUGUAUACAUGAAAGGAUCCCUAAUACAAGCAUAUGUUUGCGCUUA